AGGUCUACAAACACUUCCGGGACACCGCUGUAAACUUGUGUAAACAAACCCAUGAAUACACGGUUUUAGUGCGCUAACACUCUCUGUUUACAGCAACUACCGACUCGAUGUCCCGCCUUUAACCCGGAGCAUCUGGACUCUGCCAUAGCGGCCAUGUUAUUUCUACCGUUUGCGGCUCGGAGCUGCAGAGCUCUGAGCUUUCUCCGAUGUCUCCCAGGCGGCUACAGUAUGUCCUCCAGAAGCACCGCUGCUUACAUUCAGGGUCAGAGCCCCGAGCACCGCAUCAGGGAGUAUUUCUACUACAUCGACCAUCAGGGACAGCUUUUUCUCGAUGACACCAAAGUGAAAAACUUUGUCACCUGCUUUAAAGAUAAAAAGUUCCUGGUUUUCUUCUUCAGUCGCCUGCAGAUGAAUCGGAGUGGGCGUUACAGGGAGGAUUUUCCCUUCCUGUCUCUGUGUGGUAGAGAGAGAAACUUCCUGCGCUGCGACGACCGACCGGUGGUUUUCACCCACCUCCUGCAGGACGCAGCAGGAGACCAGGAGCUGCUGUCAUAUUGUGGCGGUGCUGAGAAGCUCUCCGUUCCUUUCCAGCCAGAGGCUCUGUUCAUGCAUCCGGUCAGCGGUCGGGUUUAUCAUCCCGGCCCUGAGCGCUUGGGCAGGGUCGGAUUGGUCCGCUCAGCCAUGGCCAUAGAACUCAGCUCCAGCUUUGUUUAUCCACCAGAAAGCAGCCAAUCAGGACAGCCCACACACGUUCUGUGGAAAGGACAGAUGCACAGACUGACCAAUGAGCUGGCAGGGUGCUUCCCAGCAGGAGAGGAGGCAAAUUCACACCAGGAGGAGCUGGGUUAAUAUUACAAAAUGGUAGAGAUGUAUUUCAAUUUAAAACAAAUAAAAGAUCUAAGUUUUCCUCUCUGAUGAGCUGAAACUGAGGCUUUAAUCCAAUCCUCUAGGUUCUUGUUUUCAGAUAACAUCUCUUGUUACACUGUUUGCUUCCACUUAGGUUUUAGUCCAGAGCCAGAAGCAGAAAUUGGAAAAUAGGACGAUGGAAAUUUUUUCAUGUUUUUUUUCCCCCCGUGUUUCCAGAUACAUUGUUUUGUAACAAGAUUACUGCUUGAUGGCUGCAAAAGUCACAAAAAAACCCUGAAAUUUACACCUUGAUCUUUCAAAGGUGCUGGAUAAAUGUAUUAGGAAAGAAACAGGAGUUAAACAGCAUUUAAACUGAUAAAGAUGUGGAGACUCAAGAAUAAUGGAAGAAGAUCAAAGUCAUCUAUUAAUAAUGAUUUUAAUAAUUAAACUUGAUGAGAUGUGGGUUUGCUGAUAAAUGAAUGGGACAAUGUUAUGCCUUGGAAUCAUUUUGGAAAAUAAUUUUUUCAUCCUUUAAAAACCUGCUAUCUCAUUUGACUGGAAAAUAAACUGAUUAAAAUAAAAGACAUGGAGGAGGAUGA